ACACCGGCUUCAUAACAGAAUAACUCUAAUACUAAUAAGAUUUCUCCCAACAAAUUUUGAAGUAUAACAUAUUAGAGUAGAGGUAUCUUGACGCGGAGAUACAUGUGAACGUGUGAUGUUACGACGCACGUUAGGAAAACAUGCUUACUCAGCUGCGUGCAUACGGGACGAGGUUGGAAACGAACAGAGAUGCAUGGUGUCUUCUCUGGUUAGUGGAGGUAUAAGAAAGCUUUAAUGGUGGAGGAAGAAGGCUCACACACACUCGCUUAGAAGUAGGAAGAAGUCAUCAGUGCGUAGUUUCAUCUUUUCAGGUCUCGUUUGUGGUGAAGAUGCUGUAGCCUAUAACAGAGAGCGUAGUCAGGAUUUUAUGGUCAUAUCUUUGUGAAAGGAAGAGAGAGAAUGAUUAACAAAACGCUUGCUUUCACGUACCUCUACCUACUAACAUACAUAUUGCUUUCUGCCGGAGUCAUAUUGUACAACAAGUGGGUUCUGUCUACGAAAUACUUCAACUUUCCGUUUCCUAUAACGCUGACCAUGAUUCACAUGGGCUUUUCCGGAGCCGUUGCAUUUUUUCUUGUUAGGGUUUUCAAGGUUGUUUCUCCUGUGAAAAUGACAUUUGAAAUAUAUGCAACCAGUGUCAUACCGAUAAGUGCCUUCUUUGCAUCAAGUCUUUGGUUUGGUAACACCGCUUUCUUGCACAUUUCUGUGGCCUUCAUUCAGAUGCUCAAAGCAUUAAUGCCUAUGGCAACAUUCAUCAUGGCUAUUAUGUGUGGCAUUGACAAACCAAGGUGUGACGUGUUCUUGAGCGUGUUGCUAGUCAGUAUUGGAGUUGUCAUUGCCUCAUAUGGGGAGAUUCAUUUUAAUGUACUCGGUACAGUUUACCAGGUUACAGGCAUCUUUGCAGAAGCUCUUAGGCUGGUCUUAACUCAAGUCCUUCUAAACAAGAAGGGCUUGACUUUAAACCCUAUCACCAGCUUAUAUUACAUAGCUCCGUGCAGUUUUGUGUUUUUGUUUGUGCCUUGGUGUUUACUGGAGAAGACUCAGAUGCAAGUUUCCCAGAACCAGUUUAACUUCUGGAUCUUUUUCUCCAAUGCUCUCUGUGCUUUGGCCCUGAAUUUCUCCAUUUUCUUAGUAAUUGGUAGAACAGGAGCAGUUACCAUCCGGGUUGCUGGCGUUCUUAAAGACUGGAUGUUGAUAGCCCUUUCAGCUGUCAUAUUUCCAGAGUACACAAUUACAGGGUUGAAUAUAAUUGGUUAUGGGGUUGCACUAUGUGGCGUUUUCAUCUACAAUUACAUUAAGCUUAAGGAUGUUCGAGUAUCUCAACAAUCUGCUGAAAGUAUGCCUGGAAGGAUCACUAAGGAUUAGAAGUUGGAGAAGAAGUCAUCUUACAUAUUCGUACCUAUAGCUGGAGGGAAUAGUGGCGACUCUGAUUUGGAUUUUGAUGAAGAAACAACUCUACUUUCAACAUCGAGGCUAUCUCACAUUGGACGUUCUUCGCAGCUCAUGCAUGAUUCAUGACAGCGUAAAGGCAGGCCAUAUAUUAUUGUUAUACAUUUCCGGAUUCAAAGCCGAUUCAUUUGUAUUUACUUAUAUUUAUAGCUUGUAUUUACUUCUAUUUGUAGCAUAAUGACAUAAUCAAAGUCUUAAAUUUGAAAAAUGCUAUUCGUUAUCUUUUAACAUUUA